AUGCUAGUGAAACAUAACCCAUGGCAACAACUUCAGCAAAGUUUAAAUCGCCGGCCGAGAAGACGUUUAAACGACAUGGUUGUGUCGCACUACUGCAACUGGACAAUUCAGAUAGACGACAACCCGGAUCGAAAUCCCAGAUUUCUGUCGAAAGCAGUGUGCCAAGAUUGCAAAUGGUACUGCCAAGCUGUAGAGUACGAACACCGCGUUUUACUGAAGGACUGCCCAGACUAUAAAACUCACAAGGCGAACAUGGUUUUGUGGAAAUGGGAGACCGUCAAACUACCUGUUGCCUUUGUUUACAGUCCGUAG